CUCUGUCUGGUGGGUGAAAAGCUUAUGUUAUGGUGUGAGUGGCACUUCAGUUUAAUGUACAUUCAGCCAAUGAGGAUGUGGGAAAUCCACCCCACCUGAGUGAGAUGGCAGAUAACACACUGGCUCUGAGACAUACUUUCGUAUGGACAAUCAGAAGAGUCUGAGCUGCAAACACAUUUUGUCGGAGAGGAGCAUCAUUGUUACUGCUGCACUGCUUAUUUCCAUCGCAAACCCCAACGCAACAGAAAAACUAAUGUCAGGCCUGCAGACGCCCCUGCUCACAGUGGCCCUCUGCCUUCUGCUCCUGACCACACUGUUACCCAGCUCAGAGGCCCGGCGUGGACGUGGAGGUGGAAGAGGCUACAGCCAGGGUUGGGGCCGUGGUGGUGGCCAAGUCUACAGACCAGUACCCGUGCAGGGCAGCGGUCCCAGUGCAGGGAAAACAGCUGGGGCAGCUGCAGCAGGCGCCAUAGGAGGAGCAGUGCUCGGGUCUGCCCUGAGUCACCCUGGGUAUGGGGGAUAUGGAGGGUACGGAGGGUAUAGAGGAUAUGGAGAGGGUUAUGGCUACCCACGACACAUAGGUGGUGGUGGUGGAUAUGGCCUCAGACCAGGUUAUGAGCCAGAGGGCUCUGGAGAUAUGGAAUACUACAAUGGAGCAUCCGGUGGCCCCAUCUACAGCAGUAUCAUUGUUGUCAUCAGCUCACUAAUGACCCUGCUGAUGGGCCAAUGGGUGGUAGUCAUGUAG